GUUGUUCCAACCACUUUUCAGAAUCUCGAAUUUUCGACGAGAUUACACGCAAACAUUCGCCAUGUUUAUAUUAUUCCCAUCCGGUUCGUCGACUGCUGAAGAGGGACCGUGCUGUUAAUAGCAGUUUAUAACUGAAUAAAUAGAAUUUAAAAACAGAUGCUAAGCAACCAUUGAAGAAUGGCAGCACUUUCAUUAUUUGCAUUACUUGUUACAUUGUUGGUAAGAUAUUCUGAAACUGGUGAAACAUCGGCAAAUACAGCGGUGGCUCGUUAUUUUUAAAAAUAUCGCUCAAUCGAUUCUUCAACUUCAUGCAUAUUUAUUUCAUGAUUCAUUUGAGAGGAGACAACGGCUUGCUGCCAUGCUAAGGCUGUAUCAGAAUACAUUUAUAUUAAAAAAAAAAAAAAUUGGGAGGGGUAGAACAAAAUUAGUGAAAUUAACUAAGGGGUGCACAGAAAACAAACUUUACAAACACACUUAGUUCAGGGGGAGGGGGGUAAGAAAGGGUUGUCCAUAAUCAUAUCUCAGGCUCAGAGGGGGGGGGGUGUCUAAGAAUAGAAAUUGUGACACAGUUUGGGUGUCCUGUGGUGUUUCCAAAAACAACUCAAUAAUCAAGCCAAGUUUCGGAGGGUAUAACUUUUUUUUCAAAAAUAGAUAAAGUUGAUGAACAUUCCCAAAUGUAAAAAUUUUCACUCAUAGUCUGCAUAGAUACAGUAAAGCAAAGGAGACUUCUACUCAAUUUUUGAUUGGAAAUGGACAUGGAAAAACUUGGAUAACUUGGCCUUCAUUCCUUUAAACCAUUAUUGCUACUGUCUCAUCUUUUGGGAAAUCUUUUCUCAUUAUAAGCAAUCUUUCCAUGUGUAGUUUUAGUUGAAAUUUAAUAUUUAUCCUUUUCACUUUAAUUUAUAUCUCUCCAGUAUACAUCAGGUGCUGCAGCAUUACUUGAUUUCAAAACCUGUCCUGCACCUCCAUCAUGUUUUUAAUACUUUUGUUCUAUACCUCUCUGAUGAAAAAAAAUUCUGAUGAAAAUGCAAAUAAACCUGAUUUUCUGGAUCUUCCCCUACCCCCAGAAAUGGCCUCACAUACUUCCAAGGGGUUUUGGACACCCCUGAUUAAGAACCCCUGGUAUAAAUUUAUGUACAUUAGUGCCAAUUUUCAAAGGGAUAUGUGUUGUAUGAGGGACGAUGUGAUUUAUUAUUGAACUAGAUGUUGCUAGGUACAAACCUGUUUACAUUGGCAUUUGAUUUCAACAUAUUUAAUGGGGAUCUGAGAGAUCCUUUGAAAUCUUUAGAAUAAACAAAAUAGCUGUACGAUUUUUUAAUACCCCUUCGUCCUUAAUAGUUUUUGGUAGUCAUAAGACUGUAAUAUUUUAAUGGAAAAAAUGCUUUUCCUAAAAAAUAAAUAUCAAUUUGUUUGGUAAGUUUUUUAAAAAAUGAUGCCAUAAUUUAAUAAUUCUUAUUUUCAUAAAUUAUAUUUUAUGCUUAUCUGACUUUAAGUUCGAACCAUGUUAACUUUCACCCGUACAGUAACUUUAUAUUUAUCAGUGACAGACUGGGAUAAUGUGAUCUGCACUUUCACCUAAAUAUUAAUGCGAAGUGUCUACACGUCCGGCGCGUUGGACAAAUAGUGCGCAAGAUGUACGUCCGGCGGCAUGUCAUGUGACCGCCGGACGGCUAGUAGUUGUUAUUAUUCCGAACGAAGUACACUUUGGCAGAUAUUGUGUGGUCUUGUGGUAGAGUGGUCGCUUGACGUUACUAUGAUUUGAGGAUCAAUACCUGGUAUAGGAUCGUUUAUUUUUUCCCAUAUUAAUUAAAAAUAUUUUAUACUAUAUUUAUAUUAUCCUGUUCAUCAGCAUCAGUAGUUUCAUGAGAAGUUUUUAAAUAUUUUGUAGCAAUUUAAAAUGAAAUCUUUUACUUUUAUUGGUUGCCUACUCCAUACUGGCCCCUAAUUUAUUUUAUGGAUAUUACUGGUACACAAACUCAAAUAACAAACUAAACAAAAAUGUUUACAAGCCACUUUCACUUAAGUUUUUUUCUAUUAUUUGCAUUCAAGAUACUCAGUACAUUACUAGGUAGAGAAAUAGAUUUUAAAAUUAACAAUAGUUUUGAAUCAUUCGCAGUCACGUGACAAGGCUGGCCGACGAGAUAUCUCUCGCCACUUUGUUACGGCGGUCAUGUGACUUGGUCACCGGACAAAUAGUGCGGGAGAUAUACGUCCGGCGCGCUGACGUGUAGACACUGCCUAAUUGAUAUCUAUAGCAGAUAAAAGUCUGCAAAACAAAGUUACUGCAGAUUGCAAUAUAAAUGUUGGUAAUUUACUUUUAGAAGUAAACUUUUUUUGUUGCCAGCUUAACAUGAUUCUUAUAGACACGUAAUGUGAGUAGUUAUUGUAUACAUCAUAUAUAUUGUAUGUUUAUUUUUUUCCUAUUAAGAUUGUAAAAUAUUGUACAAAUAUAGGAGUACAAGGUUAAGCAGGUCUGUAGGUAGAUUGACCUAGCGAUUGUCUUUGACCGACGUCCCCUUCUUAAUGGUAUAAGUAGCUUGUCAGCUCCAUUUCACAUGUUCUAUGUAUUUAAUUUGAGUUAGGGCAUUGACAACUAUUAGAAUAUUUGAAGGCUCAGUCAUUUAUUUCAAAAAGUUUUAAUAUUUCAUUUGUAUUGAAAGGCAAAUAUGACUCCUGCAUCAUGGACUAACAUGCCUACAUUUAGUUUAGGGUGUAACCAUUGUCAUGGGCAAGUUACAGUAUAGUUAACAUGUUUUAGUGUGUUCUCCGAGUUUCAUCCAUAGUUUCAAACCAGCGUGCUAGCAAUACUUUAUUAAUUAGUCAUGUAAAAUAGUUUAAAAGUUCUAAAAAGUCCAGAUAUUGUAGUUGUACUAAAAAUAUAAAUAAAAUGUAAAGUCAUCAUGUAUAAAAAUUUAAUUUUUAAAAAUUUUCAAUUAAUCUUGCCAUACAUUUUAGCCACAACUUGAUUUUGGUAGUUGCAACUAUUUAAAUAUCUAUUUAUUCUUUUUUGGUCCUACAUUUUAAAAAGUAUCUUAAAUUCAGUUGCAGACCUGCCAACCCUUCUGAUUUUGUCGGAAUUAUACGGAUUUGUUACCCCUCAUUCCGACCUUCCGACAAACCCCUUAAUAUUCCAAUUUUUCGAACUUUAUAAUUUUUCACCCGCCAUUAAAAUUCCAAAAGCAUAAAAAAAAAAAAAAUAUCGGGUAUGACAGGAAGUGAUGCAUUUGUUUUACACGAAGUGUCUACAAGUCCAGCAACCGGACAAAUAAGUAAAUAAGUUCUCAAAAUAUUCACCCGGCCACUAUAUAUUUGACCAAAUCGGAAUUAUACGGAUUUGUUACCCCUCAUUCCGACCUUCCGACAAACCCCUUAAUAUUCCAAUUUUUCGAACUUUAUAAUUUUUCACCCGCCAUUAAAAUUCCAAAAGCAUAAAAAAAAAAAAUAUCGGGUAUGACAGGAAGUGAUGCAUUUGUUUUACACGAAGUGUCUACAAGUCCAGCGACCGGACAAAUAAGUAAAUAAGUUCUCAAGAUAUUCACCCGGCCACUAUAUAUUUGACCAAAUGACAUGACCAGCGUAACAAAGUUGCGCGAGAUAUUUGUCCGCCUGCUUUGUCAUGUGACUGCUAAUUGUCGAUCAGAGUUUAUGGUACUUCAUUUCAACAAAUUCAAGAUAGUCUGGACAUUUACAUGAAAAAGAAAUCAAUUCUACAAAAGAAAUACUAGAACCCAUUGCUGGUAUAUAUAUAAUGAUCAAUCGGUUAAAAAGUGACAAUAAAGUGGGACAUGCCCGCCGGAUGAAUAUCUUAUGCACUAUUUGUCCGGUCGCCUGACAAGUAGACACUGCCUUGUUUUUAUCGAAGAGAACCACGAUCUUCAAAUCGUUCUUCAAUCAUCAAUUGAUCCCAUUGUGAUUCAUCCUUUUCCAAAGCAAAAAAAAAAUUCAGACUUUUUUUUUUUGUUAAAGCUUUUCUUAAUUAAAUCAUUAAAUCUAUUGAAAGUGGUGGGUACAAUGAUAUUUAUAGGUAUAUAAAUUAUUAUAUACAUAUUUUAACCCCCCAAAAACAUACAAUUACAACUGCAGCUAAAAGUAAAAGUAAUCCAUGUCUAAUUAAAAGUUUUUUUGCUAAGGAAUCUGAUCGUUUUAAUGCCAGAGUCAAAGAUAUGUUCCAAACUCGCAUAUUGCUUGAAGAUUGUGAAGAAAAAUUAUAAUGAAACAAGGGCAAGCAAUAAAGUUGAUACUCUUUCACCUAACUUGGUUGUAACUAAAAUCAAUUGCAAUGCAAUGCUAACCUUCAGUUGUCCAACCAAAGAGCUGUUGGACAAGUGCAAACAGGGAUAUGCUGGAAAACUGAACUCUUAGCAGCCUUCGUACUUAUAUAUCUAAAAUGGAUCUUCUGUCCUGUACUGUAUAUAAACAUUUCCAGUAAUUGUAAUGUUUUUCUCAUAUUCUGUGGAUUCUUCAAAGACAAUGGAAGUAACUUUAUAUUUCUUUAGUUACUAAAAAGGCUUGUGUGUUAGUUUAUAGAUUUUAAAGCAACGCACGCCCUUCCCCUGCAAGCAACCACCCUACAGAUUUUUUUUCUUGGCAGGUCUGCAGUUGUGAGAAGAAGAAAAAAGGUUGCAACCUCUCUUGAUAAACCUUAAAUUUUUGUCAACGUUGAUGGGUCAUUUUUAGUCUGAGGAAAAGUGUGCAUGCAAAAGACAUAAUAUUUCCCCUCUUGCCUGGCUAGACUCAGUUAGCCUAUAAGAGGAAGCUGAAAGAUUACUUAUAGAGCAGUGCGAAUGAGGACCCCAAUGUUUUUUAUCCGAUUCCAUAACUUUUUCAAUUUUUCUUGUCUUACUUAUGUAUAUAUUAGCAAUUAGAUGAUACAUAUAUUGAAGUUUAUUAUAUACAAAUUCUGUUUCCCGAAUGGCAUUUUCAACUAUUUAUACCAGAUGUUUAGUUAUUAGAAAAAUGGAUCAAGUGAAGGAGCUUAAAGAAAAAUACACGCUCCCUGGCAAAUAAUCACUGCCCAUGUGAGACAACUGUAUGUUGCUUCCUUAUCGCCUCCUUCCUCCACCCCUUCACAAGUAUGGAUUACAAUUACUAAAUAAAUUGAACUGGGACAUGACACAUACACACAUACAAUGUUGAAUGAACAUUCAAUAAUGUCAUUAAAUUAUGGUACUAGUUAAAUCAUUAAAAAGCACAUUACAUGAAAUACCACUGAACAGACAGCUGGGUGUAGUAUUUUAACAACUGCUCAAUCCAUCGCUUCUUUCUUGCUGCCUCACUCUUUUUUAUCAAUAUAUUGAUAUAUAUAACUGACCCCAAUCAUGUUAUCACCGUUAGUAGUCUCUUUGGUUUUUAAUAUGGGUUAAUACUGAGUGAACACUGUUAAAAAUUAAAAGAAGUCCCGAAAAACAUUAAGGUACAACCAUUUCCCUAACUUUUUAGUAACACUGCUCAGCUCCAUCUUAAAAGAACCAGUCACCAAAGCUUCUUGGAAGCAUAUAUGAAGCUAGUUGCUACUAGCAGUAGUAUUGCUAAAUCUAUAUUUGUAAUAUUUGUAAAGUGAAAUCACAAACAUCAUUGCAAACAGAUGCUAGCUCAUAAUCUUUUACUAACCGGUAUUUCUCCAUGGGAAAUCAAAUGUAAUGUAUAUAUUAUUAUACUAUUGCAAUGCUCUCAUGGUGGAUCUUCCAGCUACGCUCCUGGAUAAAAUUCAAAUAGCACAGAAUAAUGCGGCUCACAUUGUUCUCCGCAAACGCAAGUUCGACCAUGCAAAAACACUUCUGAGAAAGCUGCACUGGCUGCCGGUGCGUGCUCACAUAGAUUACAAAAUCGCAACGUUGUGCUACCGCUGCUUACAUGACCUGGCGCCGUCCUAUCUGAAAGAGCUGCUUACGCCUUAUCUACCCACUAGAGAGCUCCGCUCAUCCGAUAGUGGCAAACUCUCAACACCACGUGUUUGCCUUGAGACUUGCGGAAAGCGCACUUUCGCAUUUGCUGGUCCAACAAUUUGGAACGCCCUUCCUGUCGAUCUCAGAAACAACCAGACACUGGAGUCCUUUAAAACCAAUUUAAAGACACACCUAUUUCGCAAACACCUUCUGGGAUGAUUGUCAACCUUAUUUUCAAGUUAAUGCAUAAUGGCUGUGUUGCUUGGGGUUGAAAUGGCUAGAAAGACUUUGCAAUUGUAUGCUAGUAAUUAGUUUUUGUAGUGUUGCGUUUGUUUUAAAUGUGGUAGAUUAUAGAUUUGUAUUUUGUUGACUUUGUACAGCGCUUCGAGCCUUUGGGGAUGAAGCGUGUUUUUGAAAUGAACUUUAUUAUUAUUAUUAUUAUUAUAUUUUAUUUGUUUAGGUUGAACUAUUCAGCUACCACAGUGUAUUCGGUGAAGUAAUUGCACUAAAUGACCACAAUAUAGAUAGCGUAUUGGGUAAGUUUAAAGUAAUAAUUUUUGAGAUCAUUGAUUAUUUGUGUACUUUUAAAGGAAUUGUUUCUUUUUAUGUUCCUUUAUCCGAGUACUUGAAGUUCAUGUUACAUUGCUCAAAGAUGCUAAAUUAAAAAAAGAAAGGCUUUGUAAAGUUGUUCACACUCAAUCUUUUGAAAAUUUAUACUUAUCUUUCACAUUCAUAAAUUGUUGUUUUUUUUUGUUUUUUUUUUCUCCUUUUAUUCUCAGGUGGAAGUGAUAUAGCCAUUGUAAAUUUUUAUGCAGAUUGGUGAGUGUUAGUCUGCUACUUGUUUAAUAUGUUUCAUUAUUAUUAUUGGUAUGUUUCAUUAAAACUUAUAUGAUGAAAACCUUGUGUUAUAAUAGCAGAUUGAAAUGUUCUUUUCAGGUGCAGAUUUAGUCAGAUACUAGCACCAACUUUUGAAGAGGCUGGGAAAAAAAUUAAGGAGGAAUUUUCGGUAAGAUCACCUGUUGGCCUCAGAUACAUUUUGUGUCUAUUGUUGCUAUUAUCAAAUAUAGGUUCUAACUAUGUCACCACUAUAAUGCCAUCAUACAAAAAAAUUCUGACUUUUUAUAAUUUAGAUAUGGCAUAAACAUUUAGACAUUUGAAAUGCAAAACAUAAUACAUUUCAGGUCCCUGGUCGUAUUGUAUUUGCCAAGGUUGACUGUGAUAAAGAAAGUAAGUCUUUGAUUCAAUUUUUGAUAAAAAAUAAAGUAACUUCCUUGUUGACUCAGCUAUUAAUGAUAUAAUGUUAUAGAGUGGAAAAGGAUUUUUUUGCACUUUAGCUGUAUCACUAACUACUAUGUUAAUUAAAUCAUCAGUUUAUGUAGAUGUUGCAUAAAUGGGUUACACUAUUCCAACUCUAAAGUUGAGUGAACUAAAAUUAUAUGUAAUCUAAUACAUAUUUCAUGUGAUUAAAUUGCAUUCUUUUUACUAUUCAUAAUAUUUAAUCCACUGUGCUUAUCUUGUAAUGAUUUAGCUGGCAUUUCUGGUAAAUAUCGUAUAAACAAGUACCCAACACUGAAACUGUUUAGAGGAGGUAAUAUUGUCAAAAAGGAAUAUAGAGGUCAGAGGUCAGUUGAGGCUAUGGUACAGUUUGCACAAGAGCAGGCAAAAGAUCCUGUACAUGAAAUCACAAACCUAGAAUCUCUUCUUGAAUUGGAUGUAAGUUUUUUUGUGUGUAAAAGUAUUAGUAUUUAGAAUAUUUUUAGUAUAGUCAGUCAUUUAGUUCAGACAUAAAAAACUUGUUGUUGAUUCUAGGUCAGCAUUUCCCAAACUUAUAAGUUUGUCAGACUGGUGGACAAGUUUCCCCUUCAAAUGGGGGCCGAUGCCAGAUUUAUUAAUUUUUUUUUUUUCUUAUUUCCUACUCUGAGCCAUCACCUGACUUUUGGAAACAACCCCCCCCCCCCCCCCCCCCCCCCCCUUCCUUUCUUUUUUUUUUCACCAUUUAUCAGUUUUUUUGUUAUUUAGCUGUUCAGUGGAAUUUAAAAUACUAACUUUAACUAUUUUUUUCCACAUCAAAACAAUUUUAAAAUUUUGGCUCCUUAAAAUAUCCGAGGCUUCUUGCAGCCACAUAUGAUGCAGGGUCUCACCUUAAAUAUGACAUAAAAUAUUUUUUAUCUGUAAUCGGCAAAUUCGACUACCAUUUAAUGCUGGCUGUUUAAUUUAACGCUUUUAAUUUACAACUGUUAAGUAAAGGUUUAGGUGCACGUUGAAGGGAAAUAAGCAAUACAAACUUACAUGAUUUUUAGGACAUCGAAGGAGCCGAAAAGUAGGGCAUGCUAGUGUUUUCCCCAUCAGUAGCAUGGAUUCAGUCAACUUGUUCUACUAUUAUGUGUGUUAUUUGACAUUCCUUUUUUUCCUAUGGAAACAUUACAAAGCAUUGCCAGUUGAGGCAUGAUCUUGUAUCGCUAAAAAUUGUUUAUUAAAUUUGUUUGGCCUUGUUUCAUGGGGUCAUUUGAUAAUAGGUUUCAUAUUUUAAAAUUUUAAUCUGGAACAUAGCAUCAGGUUUCCAGGCUCCUAAAGUUGUACUGACCGGCAACGUAAGUCUCAAAGUCUGGUGCCAGUCUGCAGACCACCAUUUGGAGAACUCUAUUCUAGUUCUCAAGUAAUUAUCACAACUUGACUGAAGUGUUGGGUUGUUAUAAAAUAUGCCUAAAAGUAAAUUGCAUUUUAAUCAUUUUUUUUCAGGCCAAAAAGCGACACAUACUUGGGUACUUUGAAAGUAAAACAUCAGACAAUUACAGAAUAUUUAAUAAAGUGGCAAAUGUACUACGAGACGAUUGUGAGUUUCAUGCAUCUCUAGGGUAAGUCAAUAAACAAAAUUCAUGAUUUUUAUAAUAAUGGAGUCGAUUCAUUAAAUGAACAUGCUAAAUUUUGCUGAUCAGUUUUAACUUAUUUUAUGAAUCAGUCUGGAUGAAAUUUUAGGUCAUUAAGCAGUGUCAUGAUUCUUGCUAUUUUCUCCCCAGAGAUGUUUCUUUGCCAGAAAGGACAACAGGAGACCAUAUUAGUGCAAGGGCUCCAAAUGUAAGUUUGUGAUAAAUUUUUAUGAGCAUACUUUGGUAUUGAACUGUUAUUGGAUACACAUCACAUUUUAAAUUACUCCAUGUGAGAGUUUAUUAUAUUUUGCCUUUAAUUUUAAUCUCACAUUAAAUAUGCAUUUUUUUCCUAUCAUCCAUAGACUGUUCAUGAAGAUCAGCCUUAUACUGGCUCAUUGAAUAACUAUGAAGCUCUCCAGCAGUGGGCAACUGAGAAGUGCAUGCCCCUUAUCAGGGAGAUAACUUUUGAGAAUGCUGAGGUUUGCUUUGAUUAAGAAAACAACUGAAUUUGAUUUAUUAAUGGUUACAAAUGCAGGGAACCAGCAUUGAAAAAAAUUUGGUUAUAAAACCAUUAACUUUGCAUUGACUAAAAGUGUGUUUCAGAUCUUUGAAGCACAAAAAGCAAUUAUAUGGAGAUAGAAUGCAUUGUAUAUGAAAAAUUCCAAAGCAAUACUCAUCCAUAUAGUUAUUAUCACUCUGAACUAUGAAAGAAAAUAUACUUAAUCAUUAUAUGACAUUUAUAUUUGGAUCAUGUUCAGACUACUUGGAAAAUUUAUACUGUUUGUUUUAUUAUCAAGAACUUUCAUUCAGAGUUUUUAUAUUUUUUUAGAGGCUGCUCAUCAAAAUUUCCGCUCAGACUUGGUUUUUUUUCCCCCUAAAAAUUCUUACAUUGAGAUGCCACCAAUUUCUUUCACAGGAGUUAACUGAGGAAGGUCUGCCUUUUCUUAUUCUGUUUCACCACCCUGAUGAUACGGAAUCAGUGGAUCUCUUUAACAAAGUGGUUGCAGAGCAGGUUGUUCAUGAAAAAGGUGGAGUUCUGUUGUUAUGGAUUUACUUAUCAGAUAUCAUAAGUAGCAUAUUUUACCUGCAUUCACUCUGAGGUUUUGAAUAAGCUAUAUGCUCUUCUAUUUUAUUGAAAAAUAUAGUUACAAAUACAUUUUUUACAUCUUAUCUGUAAAUUUAAAGCUUUUGAAUUUGUUUAUAAGAUACUUUUAUUCCUAAUUAAUUCAGAAAAUCAACUUUAAUUUGAUAAAAGUAAAUUUAUUGCCAACUAUUUUAUUAGUAAAAAAUCAACCAUUUUUGACAAUACAUUUUGUCCUCUAUGUUGUAAAUAAAACACUAUUUCAUAGACAUGAAUUUAUGUUUAAAAAAGGCAUGUGUUUACAUUUUGGCAUUAAUAUAUUAGUCUGAAAUUGUGGAUAAAAUAAAUGUUUAAAAGGAUAUAAAAAAAACCCUAUAAAUGUGCAUUAAUUGAUUUCAAUAUUUGUGUUCCAGUUAAUAUCAACUUUCUUGUGGCCGAUGGUCUCAAGUUUGCUCAUCCACUGCAUCACUUGGGAAAAUCUACUGAUGAUCUUCCUAUCUUGGCAAUAGAUAGUUUUAGGCACAUGUACCUGUUUCCUCAUGAUGUUAAAAAAGAUUUAGGGUAAGUUGAACAAUUAAAAGAUGUACAUCUUUGAGGGUUGAUGAUGAUUGGAUUCUUUUAUAGCGCUUGUAUUCAUGCUGUUUUAGCAUGCUCACAGUGCUCUAAAUGUCCUUAACUCUUUUUAUAGAAAAAAGUCUUGAAAUGUUUCUUAAAUGACUUUUAUCAUUUUAAAUUUCCCUCUUCAACGUUGUAAAUCUUUUCUCAUCUGCCUCCUUCUUUUCUUAUAAAUAAGAUCUCACGCAUUUACAUAUUUUUUUCUAUAUUGAAAGCCAUUUUUAAAAUGUAUUUUUGCAGGAUACCAGGCCUUUUGAAACAGUUUAUUGAGGACCUACACUCUGGAAAAUUACACAGAGAGUUCCAUCAUGGACCUGACCCAACCACACCGCCCUCUGUUCCCCAGAUAGAAGUUGAAUCAGAAACCGUGAGAAGAUAUAUACUUAUUUAACAUUUUAAUUUGUUUUGUUUUUUUAAAUAUCUUUUUUAACACCUUAAACUAAAGAAGAAAUUUAAAAAAUUUAUUUGACAUUUCUCAUUGCCAUCUCUUCAAUAAAAAAACGUAUUUCAAAAGUUCUCCGGAGUUUGAAAUCACAAAUAGAUGUUCAAAAGGCUUUUGACAAAGUAUUGAUACAGUUUUUUAACCACUCUAUCAAAUGGGACAAUCAAAAUUAAACUUUCCCAAAGUCUUAAACUAUACAACAUUUAAUAUUUUUUAAUUGGCUGAAUAUAAAUAUACUUCUGGAUUGUGAUUAUUUUUACGCUGCAUUCAAUUUUAAAUUGUUAUACUUUCCUAAACAUAUUACCUUGAUCUGUACAUAAAGUAAUAUUAUUAAUUUUUUUGUUCCUAUUAGAAGAACAUUCCAAGAGAUACUAGUGAUGAACCCAAGCCUGCUGCACAACAAAAAAUUACAUCACCUCCAGAGUCGACAUUUAAAAAACUGGCACCUUCCAGGAACAGAUAUACUAUUUUACGGGAUGAGCUAUAAGCAAAAUAUUGUAGGGUAUUUAUAAAUAAUGUUUUAGUCCAAUGCUCUUGUUGAUCAUUUUUAAAUGCUUAUACAGUUUUAAUUUUAUGUUGCUGUUGUAUUAAAAUUUUAUUCAUUGUCAGUCUGAAUUAGAAAUUUUUUGUUUUUAUUCUAUUUUUGGGAUGAAUGUUUAAAAUGUAAUUUUUUUAGGAAAGAUGAAUGGAACAGUUUUAAAUAAGAUUUAAAUGUGUAAAUAUGAAUGGAUACAUUUAAUAUAGAAAUGCUAGAGAAAGCAACAACUAGAUGUGUUUCCCUAGAGGUCUCUAUCUGUGGUGAGGUCUGUGACCUCCAGAGGUGGAAGCUGGUAAUCUUAGAAUUAAGAUUAAUUUACUUAUGUACUAGCUAUUGUAUUCUGCUGGUCAAAAGCAGUCAUUCAUUUUACUUAAUAUACUUAAAUAAUGUUUUUUUUUAUUGAUGCCUGAAGGUUGUUGGCUUGAAGUUUCAAUUUAUCUUGAGUCACUUGCAUGUGGAGUGUGUGUUUUCAUUGUGCCAAGUGUUAUUGUAAUAGCAUCAAUACUUUCUGGUUGUUGGCUGGUUGGUAGGAAGCUGAAUUCAGUAGAUGUUUAUGUAGGUUUGGGUUAUUGAGUUUCUAGUGAGUGGUUACCUUUCAUCUCAAGCUGAAAGUAACCAAAUCAAUAUCUGAUCAUUCAUACUCUUAAGAUAAUAAUUUAAAAAAUAAGUCCUGGCCAGUGUGGGAAGAUGGAUUCAAAUGACGACACCUUAAUUUUAAACUUAAUUAUUGAUAAUGCUUUCUUUUGUCAUAGAUGGGCAAUAAUAGAAAUAGAUUUUCUGGUUCUUGGCGUGUCAAAAUUGUCAUACCAAUUUUUUGGGUUAAUGUCAAAUACCAAUUUAUGCACUAUUUUUAUACUACUGCUUACAAAAUGGAAGAAAGUAAUAAAAACAACUAUGUUAGUAAUUUUAUGUGUGGCGGAAACUUAUUUUGGAUCUAAUUUUUCUAUAAAUAUCCAGGACUGGAUUAAAAUAAAUGUAUAUUUCAAAAAAAAACUGAGGGUUCUUUAUUCAACUUUGAACCAGUAAAAGAUAAAGAGGUCCCUAACAUUUAAAUAAAUUACCUGCCAACUCACUAAAUAUCUACCACUAGCAUAUUUUCUCAACGCCCUACCUUGGUCAAGUAUGAAUGGAAGUUGAAGCAGUAUCUGGUGUACUUGUACUCAACAUUAAUGAAAGUUCUUCAUUUCUUCUGAUUUAUGUAAAGUCAAUGUGUUUAACUUGUGACACCAGCAGUUUGUCAUUAUUUUUUUCUAUUUAUAAAUUAUUAUUUUCUUAAAAGAUCUGUUUUAUUUUCUACAAGACAGUUCAAAGUAACAAUUUGUAUUGCCGGCACCCAGUAAAUUGAUAUGUCUAUCUGUUAUCAAACUUGAAAUAGAUUAGAAAAACUGCUCCCUGGAUCUGGCUUUUGUCAAACUACUGAAAUUUAAAAAACAAAAAAAUUAUGUCUGCCAUUAUGAGAUUGAAUGCUUUAAAUUUUUCACAAAUCUAUUCAUUCCAGGAGUUGUAUCUGGAUAUAAAAUGUAGUAUGACAUUGAUAGGUUAGCAAAACGUGUUUUCUUUGUUAAAAAUAUGUGUAAUGAAUGGCAGAUGAGCCGGUUCACUAAUAUGUGACACCUUUAUAAUCUAUUUGCUUUGUGUUCUGGGUGAUAAAAACGAUUUGUAUAAGUGGGAGAUGUGCCAGUUGUGGCCUAAUAUGAAACUUCAAUCAUCUCUUUGUGUGCAUCACUUUGUUGUUAGGUGUUCAGAAGCUGAUCACCGUUGUCAUGGAUGAUACGGUCCAAUGGUCCACUUUUGUUUCUAUUGUGUAAAAGUAUUCUGUCUUAUAUCUGACUUAAUGUUUUGCAACAAAUUUUUAUGCUUAUGGGUUCUCUGGGUUUUAUUUACAUAUAAAUUCUAUUUUUUUUCUUAUUUAACUUCACAAAAUGCUGUCUUCAAAGUUUUUGUUAUUUGGGUUUGUUAAUUCAUUUGCUCGCAUAAAUUUAUAUAUAUAAAUAGCUAAAUAUAUUUCUCAGCAUGCAUGCAUUCAAUGUGUUUUGUAUGUACCAUUGGUAUAGUUAUAUGUGUACAGACUAAUCCAGCAGUUUAUUUAAUGCACGUAACAGUUUGUAUGACAAGACAAGAAAGAAGAUAAGGGGGUCUUCCUUGACACAGUAAUUAUGUUAUAUGAUAUCAUUUGUUUAAAGUAUAAAGGUAUAUAUUUCAUUCAGCAGGUGUUUGUGAAGCAUAUAACUACUUGUUGAAUGUUACAGAAAGAUUUUGUUAAUGUGUAGAUUUUUCUUUCAGUGUACAUGUAUAUGAUAAUAGAAUGCUCUUUGCUGGUGUCUGUCUCGUGAAUAAUGUAUAUUGAUGCUUUUUGUGUGACCAAGUUAAUCUAAGCGUGAUUCUUUGAACUUUCUUCUUGAAAUACAGACCAAUAUAUUUUACAUGGAUAUUUCAUUGAUGAAAGUCAAUAGGUUAAGGUUAAGCAGUUUAUAGAUUUUGAUUCAACUGAAAACCUGGUUGCAAUGUUUGAAAUCUAUGUGUAGUCAAUAUGAGUGCCAACUGUUGAAUAGUCCUGAUCAAAAGUAACGAGGUAUUCAAAUCCAAUAUAAUGUUUUACCUUCUGUAUUAGCUUUUGUUUGAAUGACAGGUAAUUAGUCAUUUGUAUCUGUAACACUCUCACUUGGUAUGUAGUUACUCUUGAAUCUGAUCACUGUAACACUCUCACUUGGUAUGUAGUUACUCUUGAAUCUGAUCAGUAUGCAAAACAAAAAGAUGUAAUCAAUUCUUGUGGUAACUUCAUUGCUAAUUAAAAAUUGUACAGAAACAAAAUGUUAUGUUUCUUCCAGGGCUUUUUUCCUGAAGUUUUAACUUAUUUAGUCAAAUGUUCACUUGCUAAUCUUUACUUUACACCUAUCGUUCAAUAUUUACAAAACUGGACUCAACAGCUCAAGUUAUAAAUUGAAAUCAUUCAUUAUGUGCUAUCUUGCCCGUUAAAGGUUUAAUGACUGCAUAAAUUAGACAAUCUCAGUCAGUGGGUUGUGACCUCCUAUGUGUCGCAGAAUGUUUUCUUGGUGUCCCAGAGGGGUCCCGUGUAUAAAAAAAAAAUAGGGCUAUAUUUUGAGAACCACUGUAUUAAGAAUGUCAAGCUUAUAAACAGUCCAAUAAAUUUAAGUAUAGCAGGAGGUGGCACAUUUUUGGUGCUGCCUGAGUUAAUUCAACAAAAGGAUCUCAUUAUUAGAUGAAUUGAGUAGAUUUAAUUAGAAUGUGACCCUAUCUCAUAUUAUGGACAUUUGCAUUGACUUGAACAAGAAAGAGUUGCAUCCCCUCCAGAACUUUUUUUUUUUGCUAGAGACUGUUGUAUAUUUACUGAAUGUCACUAAUGUGAUACUUGUGCCCUCCCUUGGCUGUGUGUGCGUCACUAAAGUGACUGUCCCGAUUGGAUUUGUUUGGGUUAACUAACUUUAAAUUUAGCAGUAGUUCUUGAGAUGAGAUGAUUGUUGGAAGCAAAAUGUAAGAUUAUCUUUUGUUCCAAUUUCUCCAGUAAUCAAAGCAGCAAUCCAUCCUGUAAAAGAACAUUCUAACAAGCCUGUAUUUCAACUAAAAGCACCAAAUAUCAAGCUUAAACAAGAUGCAGCUUGUGUCCACCUUUGAAGAUUUUAUUUUGGUUUUAAAAUGAGUUGACCUAAUUCCAAAUGAAUGUUGACUGCAACAAGGUUAUCAAUACCAAACACUUUCUAUUGGGGG